GCCAGAGCGAUCCCCUGCAGGGCGUGCAUUACUCGCUGACGAAUUUCUCGGGUAUGCAGGCCAAGCUCCCAUCAUUCCCGCGCUUGCGGCCGGACUCUCGAUCGUGUCGUGUCCGCCGCCGCACCUGGCCAAAAAGACGGGUCUGUGGACGGCGCACCGGAGGCGGUGGCGACCUGAACGCCACUCGACCAUGCCCCCCGGGAGGGCGAAGGGGAAGGGCGAGAACGGGGGAGAUAUGUACGUGGAGAUGUCUGACGCUGGGAACGUCGUGGUCGACCGGCUUGCGCACGCAGGGGAAAUUUCCAGGCAGUAUGGAAAGGGGAAGCGAGGCUCUGACUGCUUAAAUUUCCGGUACCGAUGCCGUGUCUCGGCAGGGUAUGCUACUGGGCGCCUAUCAGUAAUCUCGUGCGAGUAAUUUGCAUAAGAGAAGGUGAAGGAACGGAAUGUCCGGCCGCCCAACACACAUCCACUAUACACGCGCUGUGUGUGACGGUGUUCCUGAAUACCACUCCUUCGCUCUCUCUCGACCUCGAUCUUCCGACCGACCGACUAUCUUUAAACUACGCUUUCUUUUUCCUUCCUUUUUUCUUCUCCGCAACUUCCUUCUUUUGCUUCCCUUACAUCUCCUCCCGAUCGGGAUGCUGUGAAGAAGGGUCCAAGGAAACAACACCGUCCAUCGUCACCAGUGUUGUCGUCGUUGCACUUGUGCCAGUCACUUGCUUCGAGAACUCACCACACUCAUUUGCCCAGCUGAACACGAGGCCCCUCCCCCGCACCCCUCCUGUCACGAGCGGGACUGUCUUUCCAGCUCGCCCGCAUUCUUUGCCUGAUUCGUCGACGAUCCUUCGGCCUCAAGUCCGUGGUAGACCUCAGCCCUCAGCCCUCAUUCACUCUCGGCGUUACAGCCCACCACUCGUCGCGAGCUUGAAUUCCGCCUGUCCUUCCCAAUUUAACGCUUCCUCCCCUUGGGAGAUAUUGAAAUACCUCAGUUGAUAAUUAUUUACUUAUAACUGGCUCCGCCUCCCCUCCUCCACAACCCUCCUCUGAUACCCACCACCCAUCAGUUCACUAACACAGCUUCCUCGAUUCGAUCGAUAUUUGGGUCUCUUAACUCUUCACUGCCGCGUCAUAUUCAUCAUGGCGCCAAAGCAUCGUUUUGGCUUUGCGGUAUGGUUGUUCCAUUCUUGUCCUGACGGGCUAUAUUUGGUGGUGGAUACUGACGUUUC